UCCAAACGAACCACCACAUUUUCAAACUCUUGCUCAUAGCACCACUAUACUUUAGAUAUAUACCCCAUAUCUCCAUUUCUUUUGUGCAUCAAGCUCAUUUGUUCAGAACCAACCUUAUGGGGAUCAAAGACAAACCUGUUGAGAUGCAAAAAGCUUGGCUCUAUGAAGAGCAUGGUCCUAAGGAAGUCCUCAGAUUAGGGGAAUUUCCACUUCCUAUUCUCAAACAUAACCAAUUACUUGUCCAAGUUCGCGCUGCUGCUUUGAAUCCGUUUGAUUGUAAGAUCCGCCAACGGCCUAUCGCUCCAAUAGAAUUACCGGCGGUUCCUGGCUGCGAUAUGGCAGGUGUGGUGGUGGAAAAAGGCAGUGGCGUUACAAAAUUCGACAUAGGUGAUGAGGUUUAUGCAAAUAUACAAGAUUCCAGCUCAGAAGAUGGGAGACUAAAGCAGCUUGGGACGCUAGCAGAGUAUAUUGCGGUGGAGGAGAAUUUAGUGGCAAAAAAGCCAGAAAACAUUUCAUUCGAGGAGGCAGCGAGCUUGCCCUUAGCAGUCCAAACAGCGAUGGAAGGUUUCAAGACCGGAGGUUUCAAAGAGGGGCAGACAGUUUUCAUAGUUGGUGGUGCCGGCGGGGUUGGAACCUUGGCGGUUCAACUAGCCAAGCACUUUUAUGAAGCCUCACUGGUUGUCGCAACGACUAGCACUGCAAAGGUGGAGUUUGUCAAGAGCUUGGGCGCCGAUAAGGUGGUUGAUUAUACCAAGACUCGGUAUGAGGAACUUGAGGACAAGUUUGAUCUCCUCUAUGAUACAAUUGGUGACACCGAGAAUUCGUUCGUGGUGGCUAAGGACAACGCGCCCAUCAUCGACAUAACGUGGCCCCCAUCCAAUCCGAAAGCAAUUUAUUCAGGCUUGACAGUUUCGGGGGAUAUUUUGGAGAAGCUAAGGCCGUACCUAGAGAGCAAAAAGCUGAAGGCAGUAAUUGAUCCAACCGGUCCAUAUCAUUUUGCCGACGUUGUUGAAGCCUUUCGAUAUUUAGAAACCGGAAGAGCCAGAGGAAAAGUUGUGAUCUCAGCCUUCCCCCUCACAAAAACAAUGAUGCCUACGCUUCAAAUAGUUUCCAAGAAGUUGUGAGCGUCAAGGACGAAAUGGUCAUAUCACAAUAAUGUCAGAUUAUAGUGAAAACUCUUUCGUUUACGAGUGCGUUGCGACUAGCACUGUAUGACAUGUAUUUGAUUGAGUAAUUGAAAUUGUUCGUUUUAUUUCAUUUGCCUUUGUGAAAAGUGAAAAAUUUAUUGGACAAA